GCUCCGUGUGUCCCUUUUCCUCAGUUGCUCCCAGGCGUGAAUCGAGAUUGUGCCCGUUGCAGCUGCCCAACUGUUGCAAGGCGUAGGAGUGGCAGUGCCUUGUACUUGAUUUAAAAGUUCAAGAAACUAAUUUAUAGAUCACAUCCCGGAAAGUAUAUGCGCUAGCCAAACUGAUGGUUUGCAGUGGUUUCUGCUAUAGAAAGGGUCUGCAUCGCGAAUACAACUAAUUAUUUCAAGGAUAAACCAUGGCCAACUCCAAGCGAAAGCUACCCACAAAAUCCAGUGCACCGGAUAUCAACCCCACAGCACAGGAUAAGCCUCCUACCAGAGAGAUCCUCACCAUAGACGAUGUAAAUCAGGGUUCAUACAUGGGCAACUUCUUCAAGGAAUGCCUCGGCUAUGAGCCGAGUAACUUUAGCAGUCUUACCAACUUCACCACGUGGCUGCAGCGACCUGUGGAUGGUGCCGCCUUAGGCGUCUUCCGACUGCUCUUUGGAGCGGCCAUGCUGGUGGACAUUGCCGAGGAGCGGGGCGGUGGCCAGCUGGAUGUGCGCUUUGGCGAGCCUCAUCACUGUCACUUUCCGCUCUUCACUGGCAUGCGGGCCCUGGCCUAUCCACUGAUGGGAUGCGUCUAUCUGUGCAUGUGGCUGGGCGCGUGGGGCAUCCUGCUGGGCUAUCAGUUUCGUUCCAGCUGCCUGGCUUUCAUAGUGCCCUACUGGUACAUCUUUCUGCUGGACAAGCCCACUUGGAAUAACCACAGCUAUCUGUUCGGGCUGGUGGGCACGCUGCUGCUGUUUACCCAGGCGGAUAGCUACUGUUCGCUGGAGAGUUGGCUGAACCCUGGAAGGAGUCGAGGUCGUACCGUUCCCUACUGGAACUACUUUCUGAUCAAGUUUCAGUUCUUCAUUCUGUACAUGUACGCCGGCCUGAAGAAGAUCUCGGCGGAGUGGCUCUCCGGCUAUGCCAUGAGCAAUCUCAGCCAGCACUGGGUGUUUGCUCCCUUCCGCCAGAUGCUGGAUCCGGAGCUGAUCGAUCUGCUGAUUGUGCACUGGUUUACGGCCUUCUUUGAUGUCUCCAUUGCCUUCUUCAUGACCAUCGAGAAGACGCGGCUGCUGGUCACUCCAUUCAUGCUCAGCUUCCAUCUGAUGAACUCCCGCCUGUUCAUCAUAGGCAUGUUCCCCUGGGUAUGCCUGGCCGAAGUUCCUCUCUUUUUCGGCUUCGACUGGCCGAGAAGAAUACGGGGCACGGCAAAGGCUGCCGCCCCAUCCGAAGAGGCAGCCCCAUCCAAGCCAUCCCUGCUGGCCAAGCUGCGGACUUGCCUUAUACUCGGCUACUGUGGGCUGCAGCUCUUCCUACCGUACUCGCACUUCAUCACGAAGGGAUACAACAACUGGACCAAUGGCCUGUACGGCUACUCCUGGGACAUGAUGGUGCACUCGUACGACACCUUGCAGACCUCCAUCCAGGUCGUGGACAACGACAACCAGCAGGUGCACAAUCUGAAUCCGUUUGCCUUCACCGAGUACGAACGCUGGACCAAGUAUGCGGACAUGGCGGUGCAGUAUGCCAAGUGCAUCGAGGAGAACAUUCAGAACAGGCAGGUCAGGGGGCGUCCAUCGAUUGGCAGCAACAUUUCCAUUUACUUUGACAUUUGGUGCUCCAUGAACGGCCGGUUCCAGCAGCGUUCCUUCGAUCCACGCGUGGACCUGCUGAGGGCGCCGUGGUCACCCUUUGAGACGACGUCGUGGUCGCUGCCGCUUCUCAACGAGCUGAACUAUAUGCGUCCCAAGCUGCGGACGAUUGAGAACGAGGUCCUGGCCUGGAAUAACUACUCCGAUGUUAUAUUUGUGGCCGACUUUCCGGGCUUGACGCUGAUCAACUUCAUAUCGCCGGAUCUGAUCAACUGCACGCUGACGAUCCUCGAGGGCAAUGUACGCUACAAAAACGAUAUCGAACGGGAGUCGUAUUUCCUUACAGCCGGCAAGAGCAUUGGCCUGGCGAGCAACAUCACCCACUUUGUGACGACAAUUGGACAGAAGCCCGCCUCCUAUUUGUUCACGUACACCAACAAGACCAUGCUGGAGCAGGACAUCGCCGUCGAAGAUACUACUGCUGCUGCAGAGGUAGAGCGUCCCAUACUGCCGCUCUGGAGGGAGUUCGAGCAGCGUGUGACCAACUACCAGCAGUUCCUCGGACACAUUGGCAACUGUGUGCUGUAUCUGCUGUACGAUGUGCCCAUACCGCUGGCCGUGCGGGAGAGAGAUUAAGAUUGAAGAUUGAAGCCUGCCGCAAUGCUCGACUAUAUUCCUAUCCCUAAGUGUGACUAAUUGUAUGGGUGAUAAAACUGAUAAUAAAUGUUCAAUAUUAUACUAACACAGAUGCACUUCUCUUAU